UAUACCGGUAUCCAAGAUAAACUUAUCCUACGACUUACUCGAUCUCUGUAUUUAUUAUAAACUACAAUGUGACUCCGAAUAGAUAUAAACAUUGGCCACGUUAUUUUAUUUCCUGGUAGAGUAGGAUUCGUUCAACAGAAGAAACUUAAACCAGAACAGUUCGUUUACGUUAAAAAGGGAUCGAAUGACAAUCGAAACAGUACGAACUGAAGUUUUUUGUUUCAUGUUUAUGUGACAUAUGUUACGGUAUAACAACCGGAUCUGUUGUUUGAACAGGAAAAUUUAAAGUGACUUGCAAGAUGGAUAAUCAAAUAAAGUUGGUUACUAAAUUUAUGAAAUUAAAACGUGAAGCAAAACGAAAAGGUAUAUCAGAUGAAGAAGUCUUUAAGAUUUUUAAAGAAGAAAAAGAUUUAAAUCAAAACGAACAAAAAAGCAAAGUUAACGAAAGAAGUAAAAAGCGCAAUCUAACACUGAUUUUCUUAGCAGGAGUACUUCCUAUUAUAUUCGGAGUUUUGUUUAUGACCUACAACCAGAGGGAGGAUUUUGUCCAUACAAUUAGAGAAGCAAGAUGUGCAGUAGACAAUUCUGGGUUGUUAAUAGAAGUUGCAAGACCUCUUACUAACUGUGAAAUGUGCCGAAAUUUAUACCAAGUGCCUAUUGAAUAUGAAAUUUCUGUAGAUGAUUUCUCAAAAAAAUACGCAUAUACCGCAGUCCCGGUGCUAAUAAAAGAUGCAACGAAAAACUGGACCGCCAUGAACACUUUCAGUUAUGACUUUUUAAAAGAACUGUAUGUGAACACUUCUGAUGCGUUUGAAGUUACCGAAGAAGAAUGUCAGUUUUUUCCUUAUAAGACAGAUUUUGAAACCUUAGAAGAAGCCUUCAAUAUGACUGAUGACAGAGCUCACUUUAAAGAAGGGGAAGAAACUUGGUACUUUGGGUGGAGUAACUGUCAUCCUGAUAUAUCAACAAUUUUGCGGAAACAUUACAACAGACCGUACUUUUUACCAAAUGAUUCCGAAUCCAGUUCUUUAGAUUGGAUAUUUAUGGGAGGAUCUGGUCUUGGUGCUUUUGUUCAUUUAGACUAUGUACAAAGGCCAUCAUGGCAGGCUCAGAUUUCUGGUAAGAAGACGUGGACUUUGGUGCCAACACCAGAAUGUGAGGAUAUAUGUCAUACAAUGAAUGUCACAGUUCAUAAAGGAGACAUCUUUGUGGUAGACACCAAUCAAUGGUACCAUUCAACCUUCAUUCAUCCUGGAGAAGUGAGCAUAACAAUUGGAUCUGAAUAUGACUGACGUGUCUUCUCAGUAUAAAACCGUGCUUCUUUCAUUCGAACUUAUUCUAAUUCUAAUACCACAUGAAUACUAAAAGCUAUAAUUAAUGGAGAAAAAAAUUGUGAGGAAUAUUGACAUUAUCUUUUUAUAUUGCAAAAAGACAUAAUAGCUUGAAUGAACAUUUGUUACUAGUGCUCUUCGACCUGUGCUUUUGAGUAAGAAUACUAUACCUGCGUACCUGUUUCGGAAGCAGCAUCCAUUUAAGUUGAUACUAAAAAUGAUCUUCUAUUUCAAUUAUGAAUCUGAUGGAAAUUUAUAUAAAUAAUAUUAUAAAUAUAAUUUAUAUAUAUAUAUAUUUACAAUGUGAACCAUUUUUAAAAUUGUUCAUUAAAUUUAUUUUCUGUAUGAAA